AUGGCAAGUUUGAUCGCUAUUUUAGACGUCAAGGGUAAAUCUCUCAUCCAACGAUCAUACAGAGACGAUGUACCUCCCUCUCAUAUCGAAAGAUUCAUGCCUCUUGUCCUUGACAUGGAAGAAGAGAAUGUUCAAGUCACACCUUGUUUCUCAGAUGAAGGAAUCAAUUACAUGCAUAUACGUCAUAACAACCUUUACCUGCUCGCAUUAUCAAAACGUAACAGUAACGCUGCUGAAAUAAUCACAUUCCUUCAUCGUCUUUCAUCAGUUUUGACAGAGUAUUUCAAAGAGCUUGAAGAAGAAUCUAUCAGAGACAAUUUCGUCAUCGUUUAUGAAUUGUUAGAUGAAAUGAUGGAUUUUGGAUAUCCUCAAACUACCGAGAGUAAAAUAUUACAAGAAUAUAUAACUCAAGAAUCUCACAAACUCGAAACUCAAGUCAGACCACCUAUGGCAGUGACGAAUGCUGUUUCAUGGAGAUCUGAAGGAAUAAGAUAUAGGAAGAAUGAAGUUUUCUUAGAUGUUGUUGAAAGUGUCAAUCUCUUAGUUAACGCUUCUGGAAAUGUCAUUCGAUCUGAAAUUCUAGGUGCGGUCAAGAUGAAAUGUUAUCUUUCCGGAAUGCCAGAACUUCGAUUAGGUCUAAAUGAUAAAGUAAUGUUUGAAAGUACUGGAAGAGCUGCUCGAGGUAAAUCAAUAGAAAUGGAAGAUGUUAAAUUCCAUCAAUGUGUACGAUUAUCAAGAUUCGAAAAUGAUAGAACCAUUUCUUUCAUCCCUCCAGAUGGAGAAUUCGAACUCAUGUCAUAUCGACUUUCUACACCUGUAAAACCGCUAGUAUGGGUGGAAGCCAGUGUGGAGAGUCAUCGAGGUUCUAGAGUGGAAUAUAUGGUGAAAGUCAGAGGUCAAUUCAAGAGAAGAAGUACAGCGAACAAUGUUGAGAUUUAUGUUCCUGUUCCAGAUGAUGCGGAUAGUCCAAAAUUCAGAACAUCGGUAGGAUCAGUGGUUUACGCACCUGAGAAAUCUGCUUUUGUAUGGAAGAUCAAACAGCUAGGUGGAGGUAGAGAUUAUCUCAUGCGAGCUCAUUUUGGUUUACCAUCCGUCAGGAAUGAAGAGGUGGAUAAAAGAGCACCGAUAUCGGUCAAAUUUGAGAUUCCUUAUUUCACUCUCAGUGGGAUCAAUGUGAGAUAUCUGAGAAUCGUAGAAAAGUCUGGGUAUCAAGCUCUUCCUUGGGUACGAUACAUAUGCGUGAGCGGCGACGAUUACGUCCUUCGUACCAUAACCGACGCCAAAUCGUCAUCAAUGAUUGCACCUUUGUAG